AUGCCCGGGGUUCCCACUUCCAAAGGCUGCGAAGCCUGCCGACGCCGGAAAAAGGGCUGCGAUCUGGUCCAACCGACAUGUGGUAGAUGCACCAAGCUGGGUUUGAAGUGCAUCAACAAUGGCACCGGUCGCUUAAAAUUCGUCGAUGAAUCGAAGACGUGGGCGCACCGAAAAUCCUCUUCGGGAAGCAAUACAACAGGCCGCAGCAGUAAAGCAUCUACGCCGUCACCGGAAUCUACCACCACCGUCACCACCAACUCCUCCUCGCGUGAAUCGUCCUUGGACCUACAAGUCGCGCAGCUGUGUCGCUCAGCACUCCUCAGCCAGGCGGUCGGUGCCUUUUGGGAGGCUUACACUCCUCGCGCGUCCGGACUCCCCACCUUCUCCUCGCGAGGAAUCCAGUCUUCGAAAUGGCUUCAGGCAGCGUUGCGAGAGGCGCAUUCGGACCCGGGGCUCAACGAUGCGGUCAUGGCCCUGGCGAUGUCGAGAGCAAGUCGAAUCAGCGGGAACAAGGAUGCUCGUAAAGAUGCGCUGAUGUUCUAUGGCUCCUGCGUCCGUAACGUCAGGCGCGCCAUCGUGGCGGGAGAUCGGCUGUAUGACGAUCACCUGCUGGCAACCGUCAUGCUGUUGGCGACCUUUGAAGUCCACGAAGGCACUGCGCAGCGAGACAAAGCCUGGGGCGCACACAUCAACGGCGCCUCCAGACUGAUCAAUGCAAGAGGAGCGUGGUCCUUUCAAACCGAGUUCGGCCGCAUACUGUACCUAGGCCACCUACGAGACGAACUGAUCUACGGCAUAGGCACGCGUGGCAAAUCGCGCCACGGCGUCGACCAGACCUCCUACAAGCCCACGCCGGAAGACAUGACCGACCUCGAUGUCCAGCUCGUCUCGAUCCUCAGCUCCAUGCCUUCCAUCAUGGAAUCCGCCGACCACAUUCGCACCAUCGACGACGUCGCGCAAGUCCGAGAAGCCACGCUGGACCUCCGCACGCGCUGCCACGAGAUCAUGGACGUGCUCGAAAAAUUCGACGAGACACUGCAAUGGUCGCAGGCCGAUCUGCUGUACUGGGAAGAACCCUCCCAGCUGGCGCUGUCUCUAGCCCCGGACAGCGACGAACGCGUCUUCACCACCUUCAUCACCUUCUGCGACUUCCCCAUUGCCUGCCUGCAAUUCACGACGUGGACGUCACUGUUGCUGAUGCAUUCGACGCUGUGGCUGACGUAUCAGUGGCUCCGCUGCUACCGGCCCGAGGCCAUGAUCGACCAAGCCAUCCCCAUGAUGGUGCCGCCGGACAAGCUGGAUCUCUGCAAUGAUCUGGCCAUCAACAUUGUGAAAUCCAUGGAGUACUUUGUGCAGCCGGAGAUGGGGUUGGUGGGCGCACAGCAGAUCGCGUAUCCCAUGAGUAUCGUGAUGGGUUACCUCACGUACUGGAACCGGCAGGAGAGGAUGUGGUUUCCGGUCAUCUUCAGGCGGCUCAAGGAGCUGAACAUUGGGAUCGAAGGGUUUCUGGUCGAUACGUUCAAAGGGAAUGAGCUGAGGAUGAUUCGCCCUCUGGCGGAAAAGGAGCCAAGGUUUGUGGAUCAGAAGCAGUCGGGGAAUGUGUUUGCGCAAGUAUUGGCGGAGAAUCCCACUCCGGAGACGUGA